UAAAAACCAUUAAAAAAAUGUCCCCUUAGAACCCUACACACAGACCUUCCAUGUCCCCCAUUGAGACCCCUUAUAAGACCCCUUUAUGUCCCUCAACUCUAAAGCCCCUCUCCCUCCACUCUAGACAAUAGACAUCUCCUUACCCACCCCCAUCCCCACCCCCCUCAUACUCCAAUUGCACCGUUUCCUAGUCUGCUCGUGUGCUUCCCUCCCCCCCUUUUAUUUUCAUUAUAGCUCGCUGUCUUCCCUCAAUCUCUCAAACCCCCUCUCUCUCUUUCUCUCUCUCUCUCUCUCUCUUUCUUCUUUAUUUAUCAUGGCCUCUGCAAGUGGCUCCCCUUGUGGUGCAUGCAAGUUCCUGCGGAGGAAGUGUGCAGCUGACUGCGUUUUUGCGCCUUAUUUCUGCUCGGAGCAAGGCCCGGCUCGGUUUGCCGCAAUUCACAAGGUGUUUGGUGCCAGCAAUGUGUCCAAGCUGUUGUUGCAUGUGCCGGUGGCUGAUCGCUGUGAGGCCGUCGUCACCAUCGCUUAUGAAGCUCAAGCCCGGAUUAGAGAUCCCGUCUAUGGCUGCGUCGCCCACAUCUUCGCCUUGCAGCAGCAGGUAGCAUGCUUGCAAGCUCAGCUGAUGCAGCUGAAGGCUCAACUGGCCAACAACACGGGGAAUUUAGAGAAUCAAUGGCAGGGAAAUGUUUCAGGAGCGCCUUCCUUUCAGAAUUUUCCAGGUUACAUGAACUCAGUAUCGCCGCAGUGCUCACUGGAAUCGAUUGAUCACAACAGUGAUGGAAUGGCAAUGCAAGAUAUCCAAAGUAGAGAUGAAUUUUCAUUCCAAACUUGCUCUAGGAAAAGGCCACCCCACAAUGACCUGGGUGAGCUUCAAGAACUGGCCCUCAGAAUGAUGAGAAACUGAUGGUCUUCUUCCUCAUGUCCCUCCUUUCUUUUUCUCAUCUCUUUAGAUGAAUUUGGUCCAUGCCCAAAUGGUGUAUGUAAAUAGAGAGAGUAUCUGGGAAACUUUAGUCUAAUUUUCUAAGCCCAUGUUAGGCAUUUUUCCCUUCGUUUCAA